AUUUCCUCGACCAUUUCUUCAUCCACCACCAAGAAUUUAUUAAAGAGUGACAAAGAAAGCAAGCAUAGAAUAGAAUGAAAGAUGGUGGGUCUUAGCGUAGUGCUGGAAGCCCAGAAGAGUUGCAUCAACAAAAAGACACCCCAAGUCAUUAACAAAACCUCCAUGAUGCUUAGCAGCAUCCACAACAAACCCUCCCCUCCUCUUCCUCAACCUUCUUCUCUUUUUCAGCCACCCACUUUUCUUGACCAAUGCUUUCUUUGUGGGAAGAGACUCUUGCCAGGGAAAGACAUCUACAUGUACAAAGGGGACAGGGCAUUUUGUAGCGUGGAUUGCAGGUGCAAGCAGAUUUUCACGGACGAGGAAGAAGCUAUUCAGAAAGAGAAGUGUUCUUUGGCUGCCAUGAGGCCCACAUCGUCUAGUGCUUCCACCUCAACGGCAAGUCAUCACCACCGGAAAGGAACAAGAAACCGAGGUGGUGCUUGUUUUUAGAGGAAGAAAGAAGAAGAGAGCAUCAGAAAUGGGAGGAGAAUUGUAAUUUUUGGCGACCACAUUCCAGUUUUACCCAUGGUUUAUUUUGUUAAUGACAUCACAGCCCCUUGUCCUUUUUGCUUCCUAGUAUGAAGCCAAAAUGUCCUUUUCGGCUUUCUUUUGGGGGGGAGGUCCAACUUAUUACUAUAACAGUGCGAAAGCUGACACCUGAGAGCAUUUUCCCUAUGGUGGUUAUUGCAAUGCUUUCGCUUUAAAAUUGCUCAGGACCCACAGAGAAAUACUUGUUUUUUUAAUUUGUAGUAGUUGUUGUUGACAGUUGGAAGGGUAUUUCUGGCAUCUUAUUAUGGUUGCUUUGUUGAAAUCAAGUACUAUUAAUUGGUUAA